GGAAAAACAACUGAAGUUAGAUAAAAUGAGAGCAACUCAGACGUAUAUUGAAGAAUUUAAAAAGGAACAAGCUAUCUGGAAGAGAAAGAAACAGGAAGAGAUCGAAGAAGAAAAUAGGAAAAUUGUGGAGUUUGUCAACAUGCAGCGACAAAGAGAAGAAGAUUGGCUGGCUAAAGUUCGAGACACUGAGGAGAAAAAAGAGAGGCUUCAAAGCAUGGUUGCCCAAAAUCUGGGAAGAGAACAACAGAAGCGUGAAGAAUUGGAACAAAUCCGCCAAGAGCUGUAUCUGGAAGAACAAGCAGAGACAGAAAGGAAGAAGAUGAUGGCAGAAGUUGAAAAGAGAAGAAGGCAACGCCUGAACUUAAAGCAAUCGUAUGAAGAGCAGCUUGCUUUAAAGAUGCUGCUGCGACAGGCUAUGCAAGAAGAGGAGGAAGCUUUCAGACAACAGAUGUUGGCCAAGCUUGCAGAGGACGACCGCAUCGAACAGAUGAAUGCUCAGAAACGGAGAAUGAAACAGCUUGAACACAACAGGGCUGUGGAAAAGCUUAUUGAAGACCGUCGCAAACAGUUUAUUGCAGAUAAAGAGCGUGAACUUGAAGAAAGACAGUUAGAGGAGAGGAGACAAGAAAACAUCCGUGCGGUUGUUGAAGAAGAGAGGCAGAAACUCCUGAAAGAGCAUGCGUCUAAGUUACUGGGUUAUCUUCCUCGUGGAAUACUGAAAGGCGACGACGACAUUAACAUGCUUGGAGAGGAAUUUAGAUUGGCUUAUCAGAAGAGAAGAGGUAAUGAUGCAUUAUCAGAAGAGAGCUGA